AUGAGGCUUGGUCAUCCUAUAAAGGCACACACAGCUCGAGCUCUGAAAUGCAGGUCUGUGUCUGAGGAUUUCGUUGAGAGAAAGAGCCCACUUGAGGUUAAGAAAGAGUUAGAGAUUUGCUUCGACCUCAUACAUAGGCUUGGGAGAGGGAUUGUGUACUUAGGCUCUGCUAGAAUCCCACCGAGCCAUUCACAUUACCUGCAAGCACAAGAGCUGAGCAGAGAAGCUGCAAAUCUUUUGGACUGUACCACAUGGUCUGGAGCUGGACCAGGACUUAUGGAUGCUGUGACCAAAGGUGCUUUGGAAGCUGAGAAACCAGUUGGUGGCAUCAAGAUAGAGAAAGAAGCCGGUGAAUGGACCGCAUCCAAGUUUCAUCCUUACCUCCCUCCUCAGAAUUACCACACUUGCAGGUUUUUCUCGGCGAGAAAGCAUGGAUUGGUGGACGCAGUGAUUAGAAAUAAUGUUUCUGAUAAGACGGCGGUGAUUGCAUUGCCAGGAGGCAUUGGCACGCUUGAUGAGAUGUUUGAGAUUUUGGCAUUGAUUCAGCUCAAAAGGAUUGGAUCUUCAUUGCGGGUUCCAUUCAUUUUGAUGAACUAUGAUUCUUUCUAUUCAAAGCUGUUGGAAUUCAUGGAGAGUUGUGAAAACUUGGGAACUGUUGCUAAAGGAGAAGUUUCUGCAUUGUGGAAGGUAUGCAACAGCAACUCUGAAGCUUUGGCAUACUUGGCUGAAUUUUAUGGAUUGUCUUACAGUUGUACAAAACCCGAAACUAAUCUUAGAAGGACACGACCGGUCUCUUAA